AUGGCUAUGCUGGACUUGAGUGGUCACAAAGUCCACGAUCCACCAUACUUUUCGGAGACGCUGCUGAAGGCCAUUCACGCUCAUUCCUCGCGCUUUUUGAACCAUGACGUCUACCAAAUUCAAUAUCAAAAUGCGCCGGGCCGACAUAAUCAAGCCGGCGCUUCUCUCACGGCUGCUGAAUUUAUGCGGAAGAUCUCCGACGAGGCACGAUCAAGCCUGGCUAUGGACAUCCUCAAGAGGAGUUCCAUACCUACGAUCCAAGCGCUGCUUCAACAGUCUGCCCGGGAGGUUGUGUUUCGACGUUCCUCACAGGCAUGGACCCUCUCUGGUGUUGCCUUCCGAAUGGCAUUUGACUUGGGCAUACACCUGCCUAGUGAUAAACUCCAAUCGUUCGUGAAGAGUUUGACUGCCGAGGAUGUCGAAGUCCGGACGCGUCUGUUUUGGAGUUGUUAUACCUGGGAUAAGAUCUUGUCGCUCUAUCUUGGGCGGAUGCCUGGAUUCACACCAAAUACCGACGAAGUACCGCCCAAUUUCAUGGACGACUACAGUGAUAGCGACCUGUGGGCCCCUUAUUACGGCGAAACGCCCUCACCCGAGGUUGCUAAUACCCCGGAUUAUCCUCCUUGCCCUGGUUAUGUGGUUUCUUGUUUUCGGCCAUUGUGCAAGAUUUGUGUCAUUCUCAAUGACCUGAUGCAAAACAUAUAUCGCCCUAGUGCUGCGGCUGGACGGGAUGCGGAAGAGGAAGAUCAGUUGGCAGAAGCAAAAGCAAACAGUGAAACGUCCUUUAUUCGCAUUUCAAGGAACUUGCGAGACUGGCUGAUGUCGUUACCGCCUCAUCUCAGAAUAAACCCAAGCCAGAUGCCGUCCCAAGCUCCGCCGGCGCAUAUCAUGUCGCUCAAUCUUCUCUACCACACCACAGUGAUCCUCCUGCAUCGACCUGUUGUCCUCGGAGCAAGCAAUAUCAACAGCCCCGGACCUGCAAGGUCAUAUAGGAUAUGCAUUCAGGCCAUGGAAGCCAUUCACAACUUGAUAAUGUUGCAAGCGAAGACAUUUGGCCUUGCUCACGUCUCAUACUUGAAUGCUUACAGUGUCUACAUUGCCGCCACGAUAGCUGUAUCACGGUUAGAGUUGGAACCUCAUCUGGUGGAGGAACAUGCCCCGGCGGCUCGGGAGGACACUCUCAACUUUUUCCUCAGGGUCUUACACCAGACUUCGAAGGCAAUGCCGGCACUGGAACGGAGCUACGCCAUCAUCAGUAAAAGAGUGAGGGCUGUGCUAGACCGACAUCACCUAUACAAUGUCGGCUCUGACUACUCAAACGGCUCCACACCACCAAGGUUCAGCAUGCUUCCUACAACGACAACGCAGCAAAUGGAUACGGCUUUUCAAACCUUGUCCAACCCAGGAGUGAUGUCUGAUGCCUACCCACAAACCGAUACACCUGGAUCUUUAGCAGCAGCGCCUAUGGCAUGGCCGCCCGGUAUGCAGAACAGUCUUUAUCCCGAUGCCAUGCAUGCAAUGGAUGAUUUUCUACCCGCUUUCCCUGGCCAACAGUUUCCCGUGGGCUCCGAACACAGCUUCGGGAGUAGCGACGUGGAUCCUCAGGCGAGAACAGCGUUGAUGGCAUACAAUCUUGACCCUCAUCCAAGGCUCAACUCGGGUGACCUCGACUGGAAUAUCAUGGACGCUUUUGAAACGAACUCUAUACAUGUGUGA